AUGGGUCCUGGAGCUCAGCAACAGUGCCUGCCCGUGCAGGGAAGGCCAGAGGGGUGCUCCUGCCCCCCCACCCCACUUGCCUUACCUCUUAUCACUGGGCACUCACACACCCACCACCCACCCCACGCUCCUCCACAGGCGCAGCGGCAGAUACCCAGCAUGGGCUCGCAGGCCUUGCCCCCGGGUCCUGUGCAGACCCUCAUCUUCUUGGACCUGGAGGCCACUGGCCUGCCCUUCUCCCAGCCCAAGGUCACAGAGCUAUGCCUGCUGGCCAUCCACAGAUGGGCCCUGGAGAGACUUCCCACCCCUCAGGGGCCUCCUUCAACAGUGCCCCCACCACCCCGGGUGCUGGACAAGCUCUCCCUGUGCGUGGCUCCGGGGAAGGCCUGUAGCCCUGCAGCCAGUGAGAUCACAGGCCUGAGCACAGCUGUGCUGGCUGCACACGGGCGUCAAUGCUUCGAUGCCAACCUGGCCAACAUGCUCCGAGCCUUCCUGCAGCGCCAACCACAGCCCUGGUGCCUCGUGGCACACAACGGUGACCGCUACGACUUCCCCCUGCUCCAGGCAGAGCUGGCUGUGCUGGGCCUUGCCAGUGCUCUGGAGGGCGCCUUCUGUGUGGAUAGCAUUGCUGCCCUGAAGGCCCUGGAGCAAGCUGACAGCCCCUCAGAGCAUGGCCCAAGGAAGAGCUACAGCCUGGGCAGCAUCUACAUGCGCCUGUACGGGCAGGCCCCACCAGACUCACACACAGCCGAGGGUGACGUCCUAGCCCUGCUCAGCAUCUGUCAGUGGAGGCCACAGGCCCUGCUGCGGUGGGUAGAUGCUCACGCCAGGCCCUUCAGCACCGUCAAGCCGAUGUACAUGGUCACAGCCUUGACUGGAACCAGCCCAAGGCUAUCUGCUGCUACGGCCACUGUACCCCUGGCCAGAGCCAGGGGCACCAGCCCCAACCGUGGUGGAAACAGGAACCCUAAGCCCCUUUCCCCAGUGAAGAGCCCUGGAGCCCCACCCAGGGAGGGACUGCUGGCCCCACUGGGCCUGCUGGCCUUCCUGACCCUAGCAGUAGCCACGCUGUAUAGGCUGUCCUUGGCCAUACCCGGGCAGUAGGCCAAGAAGGAAAUUCUGACUAAUAAAGACCCUCCACAG